GCCGUUGCAAAAGGGUGGUCUGGAUGUAAUAAUCAAAGGAAGAAAGUUACAGUCAAGCAGACAAACCAUGGAUCCCUAUAUAUAUAAUUAACAAACUUAUUAGUUAUUUCUUCAUCAGUAGGAAGGGCUUCGGGAUCCGAUCUACACCGAAUCGCGAAAACCGUUUAGGGUUUUCUUUUGAAUUUCGCUUUUCAGUUUCUCUCCUCCGACGACUCCGCAGCCGUUGCUGCAUUCCAGAAGAUGAAGAAGACGAAUCGUCGCUCAAAGGAAGCGAGCCCAGUGUACGCCUCGUCGUCAGCUCCUGAAGAUAAGCAAAACUUACAUUACGAGGAGAAGAUUCGUCAGCUCGAACAAGAGAAUAAGGCUUUCCAGAAAGAGAUUGCGGAACUAAGGGAAAGACUUGCCAAUGUUUCAUCUUCUUCUGGUGGUGGUGUUGAAAAGCUCAAAGCGGACUAUCUGCAAAAGCUGAACGUCCUUGAAGAACAGGUAACAACGUUGAAGAAGAAACAGAAUGUUCAGUCUCAAUUCUCAGUACAAAGACCAAAAGGUGACGAAGCAACAAAAAGGUUGCAGUUUGAGAUUCAAAGUUUGAGGGCUCAGAAGGUUCAACUGCAAUGUAAGAUCAAGCUAGAGUCCGUGCAGUUUAGGAUAUGCAAAGCUUCACUGGAAAAAGAAGUUCUUCAGCUUAGGAAAGAGGGAAGGAGGAAUGGGUAUGAGGUGCAAAAGCUAUUCGCUGCAAACCAGAGACUCAAGAUGGUUUUACAGCGGAAGACAGAAGAAGCUUCCAUGGCUACAAAACGGCUGAAAGAGCUGUUAGAAUCUCGAAAAGCUUUGUCUUAUAGAUCAGCUGGUGCAAGAGUUGGGAGCAUUCCUGGAAUUCAGGAUGUCGAGCAUGAGCUUGAAGUCACAGCGAGGUUACAAGGAAUAUGUUCUGAAUAUGAACGUCAAAUGGAAGAGAUGGCUGAUGAGGUUGCAAAGCUCAGGGAGGAAGCGGAAAUGAUGAAGCAAGAAAAUAUUAGGUGCCAAUUACAGGAGAAAGAAGUCGACUGCUUUGAGAAGGAUGUAGAUAUGGAAGACCUAAAAGAACAAGUGUUCUACCUAAGUGGUUUGGUCAGACAACUGCAUAUUCAAAAGGCUGAACUUUCUCAUCGGGGCAAAUCACAGGAUGUUUUGGGUCAACCCUCUUUUACUCUUGGGAGUAGUGAUGAGUUGGAGGGCCGGGAGGCCCCUAAAUCUGAACGUUUUGGGGAAGCUAACAUUGUAAGGGAGAAAAAAGAAGCUGGGGUGUGCUGCUCCUGCAGUAAGAAGUCGUUGUGCAAGACAACCAAGUGUAGAUGCAGAUCUAAUGGAGGUAGCUGUGGAAAAUCAUGCGGUUGUGCACUUUCUAAGUGCACCAAUAGAGAAGCGGCUCCGGUCAAGUUGAGUUGCUCCCUAGAGUUAGAGAUGGCUGAAAGCAGUCUGAACUGUACCAGCAAUGUCGAGGCAGAAAAGACUGGCAUAGCUGCUUCUGAAGGUGCAAUGCUGCUUCAGAAGGCACUAGAUGAGAAGUCUGCUGACAUGAACGAAAAUCUUAGACCAAGAAAGGAGCCUUUAUGUGACAUUGGUAAUAUAUUGAUUGAAUCGGAUGCUAUAAAGUCUGGCGACACAAAGAAAGGGCAAAAGUCAGCAGUUCAGCUUGUUGCUGAUGACCCUCUCUCACUCCCAGAAAAUACCGAAGGCCCAAAAAGAGCAGAUAAAUGCGGAGUGCAGGUAGACAUUCUCGGGAAAUUACCAGGGCCAGUGUUACCGGCAGUCCCAAAUAACGGUGCAUUGACAGAGAAAGAUUCUGCUCAUGCUGAUGAAUUUGUUAUUGGUAAGGCAACUGGUGUUCCUGCUCCUAGAUAUCCAGUUCGACGGGGUAGAGCAUUUAAUCAAAAAGAAAACCACAGCCUUUGAAGUGACAAAUUUUCCUUAAUCCCCAUCAUAAGAAGAAAUUCAUCCCAACACGCAAGUAUGAGAAUUUGACUUCUGUGCUUGAAGUGAAACUCUUGGAAUUUCAAGAGAAUAUGAACCUAAUGGAAGUAAUGAGUUUUCGGACAGAGGGUAUGGAUAAAACUUUUACAUGAUUGGUUUGUCUGUUUGAUAUAGUGAAUGGUCGGAUGCUACUCAAAUUCAGUCAACUUCUGUUGCAUGAAUGCUGUUGAAAUUGUGCUUUUAUAUGAAAAGUAUGGGUUUCAUC